GGAUUACUCAUGGUUGUGAACAUACUUCUGGAAUUCUCUUACCUCCGUAAAUCAAGCGUUUAUUAAAGAUUGCUAGACUAACUUUCUUGAAUAUCACUAUUUCUUAUACAUGUGGGUUUUUUCAGUUUGUUUAAUCAAUAUCUAUCUUGAUUCCCAAAUAUUUCAUGCUAUAUGUCACAAUCGCUGUUUCUUGGCAGCGGAUUUGGUGAUUGUGCGGCACUCACUCUCAGCACUGAGUGAGUCAAGCCAACUUCAAAUCACAUUGCCUACUGUCGGGCAACGUGUAUUCAAACCUUGGGCCCCGAUUUGAAGAGAAGAUUUUAGAAAACUGGGGAGAGAGGGUUUGUAAAAAGAGUUUUGAAAGCGAGAAUGAGAGAGAGAGAUUGAGAAUGGUGUUAUAUAGCGUGCAAGUAAAAAGGCAACAACAUCGGUUUAAACAGUAUAAACUUUUCGGGCAAGGAGAAUUUGACAACUAGUCGUAUCUCUCUAUGGUACAUUUUGAGGCAUUCCAUGUCUACCAGGCGUAACCAUGAUUUCGCCGAAAUGUCAUUCUCUUAGAGAAAACGUGAAAGAGAUAAUACAACAUGAAAGCAGUAAAGGGAAGCGGUAAAGUAGUAUAAGGCAAAGGGUUUCGGCGUGUAACAGGCAUGAGGCCAUGGGCAACACGCCUUGGACAAGCAUAUCGUGACAUCCUCCCACACUUAAUUAGUUGACGUCCCUGUCAACCGUCUCAUUUCUUCAAUCUCUGCAAUCUGAGGUGCGGCUGUCUUCAGGUCGUCAGCACAUUCCCAGCUGAUUUCUUCUUCUGGAAGUCCUUUCCACUUAACUAAAAAUUCCUGUUAUAGUGAGCAUUGGAGGAGGUGGCUGUUGUAUCAGGAUCUGUUCUAUCGUUGAAAGUAGAAUAUUCCUUCUUGAGCAGGAUAGUAUAUUACAGAUCAAAGUUUUUCUUUUCUGGGUUGAGCUCUCUUAUUUGUUUGGAACGGUCAGUAAAUUGAUAGGGUACUCUAUAGUGGCUAACCACAGCCACGAUUCAAGGAUUUUUAUGAUAUUAGGACUGAGGGAUUGAUGACAAAAAAUGUGCUAAAAUGAUAUUAUUGGGCCAAUCAUGGGUGAGCAUGUUAUAUUUGCCAAAUAUGAUUGAACAGGGGGGUUGUUUACAAUGAAUGAAACUUUUUAUUGUGGAAAUUGUUACUUUCCAGUAAAAGAGAGGCGAAUGGUUGUAAUUGUAGGAAACACGAACAGCUGUGAUGUAAAUUUUUUAUCUUGGUGCUUAUCAGGAAGUCUGUAGUUUCCUGGACUUGUUAGCCACGCUUUAACACUGAUCUAUCAGACUAUUUUGUGGGAAUUCCCCAUUUACACCAUGGAAUCUACGUCAUUGCAUUCAACUCAUGGAUCAGGCACUAUUGAUCGAUUUAUACCUUUCAUUGCACCUGCACUUCUGGUUUCAAUAAGUUAUGUUGACCCUGGAAAGUGGGCUGCAACUGUGGAAGGAGGAGCACGGUUUGGGUUUGAUCUGUUUGUGUUGGUGCUUCUUCUCAAUCUUGCUGCUAUUUUGUGCCAGUAUCUCUCUGCUAGCAUUGGCGUGGUCACUGGAAGAGGUCUUGCCCAGAUUUGCAGCGAGGAGUACGAUAAGUGUACAUGCAUAUUUCUGGGAAUUCAAGCAGAGGCUUCGGUGAUUCUGUUAGACCUUACUAUGAUCUUAGGCAUUUCACAUGGACUUAAUCUUCUGCUUGGAUGGGACCUCUUCACCUGUGUCCUUUUGACGGGUGUCGCUUCUGCUUUAUGUCCCCCUUUUGCCGACCUUCUGGAAGAUAGCAAGGCGAAGUUCCUGUAUAUAUGCAUGGCGGGGUUUAUACUGAUCUCUUUGGUUCUUGGAGUACUAAUCAGUCAACCUGAAAUCCCACUUUCCAUGAAUCUCACGCUGACACGGUUAAAUGGGGAAAGUGCCUUUACUCUUAUGAGUCUUCUCGGAGCAAGUGUCAUGCCUCACAAUUUUUAUGUCCAUUCUUCUAUUGUGCUGCAGCACCAGAGUCCGCCAAAUGUUUCCAAAGAAGUUUUGUGUUAUAAUCAUUUGUUAGCCAUUUUCUGCAUAUUCAGUGGAAUUUAUGUGGUGAAUAAUGUCCUGAUGAACUCAGCUGCAAAUGUAUUCUAUAGCAGUGGCCUUGCUUUGCACACCUUUCCAGAUGCAUUAUCUCUAAUGGAGCAGGUAUUUAGGAGCCCAGUGGUAUAUGUUCUCUUCUUACUUGUUCUGUUUAUAUCAAAUCAAAUCACGGCACUCACAUGGAGUCUUGGUGGUCAACUCGUCCUGACUAAUUUCUUAAAAUUAGAUAUUCCUGGUUGGCUCCAUUGUGCUACAAUUAGGAUCAUUGCCAUUAUUCCAGCACUUUGUUGUGUCUGGAGUUCAGGAGCUGAAGGGAUGUAUCAGCUUCUUAUAUUUUCUCAGGUUAUGGUUGCUCUAUUACUUCCAUCUUCUGUGAUUCCCCUCUAUCGUAUUGCUUCAUCAAGACCAAUAAUGGGUGCCUUCAAAACAUCGCAGCUCGUGGAAUUCAUUGCAAUUGCUAUCUUUAUUGGAAUAUUAGGACUGAAAAUUAUAUUUGUUAUAGAGAUGAUAUUUGGUAACAGUGAUUGGGCAUUAAAUAUGAGGUGGAGCAUGGGGAGUGGUAUGUCAAUCCCAUAUGUGAUUCUUCUUAUUACUGCUUGUUCAUCGUUUUGUCUGAUGCUAUGGUUGGCUGCUACCCCAUUAAAGUCUGCCACUACGAUUGCCCAAUUAGAUACUCAAGUAUUGAAAUGGGAUAUACCACAGGUCAUUCCUGAUUCAGCUGCAGAGAGAGAAGACAUAGAUUUGGGGAAAAGUUCAUACAGUGCAGAACCUGUAGAAAGUCAUUCAGACUUGUCUGCUGCAAAGUUUGAUUUUGGUUUGCCUGAAAAUAUUAUGGAACCUGAUCAGAUGCUUGGUUCAGUUAAUCAAAGUGAGAAUCGAUCUAUUAGUGUUGUUCAAAGCUCCCUAAAAUAUGUACCAGAUGAACUUGAAUCCACUGAGGAGAUAGUCUCGUCCUUAGCUGUGACUCAUGAUGUUCCUGAUCAAACAUUGGCUGACAAAAAGGUCUUAAAAAUUGACUCAGUGGAGCCCAUUGAAAAGACUGUUGGACUGGAUGGUGACUUACGUUCCGAGAAGGAUGAUUAUGAAGUUGAUAACUGGGAGGCUGAAGAGUCCUUGAAAGAGAUCUCUGGGAGUAUACCAUCUUCAACAUCUGAGGGUCCUGGAUCUUUUAGAAGUAUCGGUGGGAAAAGCGAAGAAGGAGGUGGGACUGGCACUGGUAGUCUUUCAAGGUUGGCUGGACUUGGACGUGCUGCAAGGCGCCAACUAACUGCAAUUCUUGAUGAGUUUUGGGGACAAUUAUAUGAUUUUCAUGGAGUGGCCACUCAAAAUGCUAAGGUUAAGAAACUAGAUUUGUUGCUGGGAAUUGAUUCGAAACUCGUAACUUCCUCUCUGAAAUUGGAUGCUGUUGGAAAAGAUUUUCCUUUCUCAUCACCUCUUGGAAGCAAAGCAUCUGAUCCAAUUCCUUCAGGUCUAUACGACUCCCCGAAGAGUCACAGGGUACAAAGUGGUUUAGAAGCAUCCUAUGGGAUGCAAAAGGGGCAUCAACCAUUGUGGUCUAACCACAUCCAGCAUUUGGAUGCAUAUAUGAAUCAAUCUAGCCAUAAUGGUCUUGACUCUGGAGUGAAGCGCUAUUCUAGUUUGCGCAGUUUACCUUCUUCAGAGAGUUGGGAUUAUCAGCCUGCCACAGUUCAUGGCUAUCAGUUUAAUUACCUGAGUAGAAUGGCCAAGGACAAAAUUUCUGGUAACUUGAAUGGUCAGUUGGAUUCAUCAGGCUCUAAAUAUCAUACCUUGGGUGGUGCUGGUGGUGCAAGCUUGCGAGACUCGGUUGCAUUUGCAAUGGGCCAAAAGUUACAAAAUGGCUUGGGUGCUUGUCAGGCCCCUUCCCCUGGAUUCUCUAACUUUGCGGUAUCCAGGAAUCCUGCUUCUGAAUCUGAGAGGCAAUAUUAUGAUCUUUCUCCUUCUGGAACUGGUGAGAAUUUGUCGAGUGUAUCUAAUACAAAGAAAUACCAUAGCUUGCCCGAUAUUCACCGGGAUCAGCAUGUAUCAGAUAAGAGUUCUCAGUGGGAUACUAUGACUGGUUAUGGAUCAUCUAUUGGUAGAAUAACAUCUCGUGGAGUGUCCUACACAAAUUCUGGAUCAAGAUCAGUUGCUCCAUUAGCAUUUGAUGAACUUUCUCCGUCGAAUGUCUACCGUGGUGCUUUAUCACCACAAAUGAAUCCUCCUUUGGAUUCUGGAUCUUUCUGGUCUAGACAGCCUUCUGAGCAAUUUGGCAUGGAUAAAAAUAGCAACUCUGAGAGUAGAGGCAUUGGGAAGCUGCUGCAUUCAAUUAGUCAUGAAGCUUCUUUUGUUGUGAAUUCAGAGGCCAGACUUCUCCAGUCCUUCAGAGACUGCAUUGUCAGACUUCUGAAAUUGGAAGGAUCAGAGUGGUUGUUUGGGCAAAGUGAUGGUGCUGAUGAGGAACUAAUUGAUUGUGUAGCUGCAAGGGAGAAAUUUCUUUAUGACGCUGAGGCUGGGGAGAUGAAUCGGGGGGUCCGUAUGAAAGAAUCUCCUUCAUUUUCUCCUGAUAGGAGGUCGGUUUCUGGAAUGAAGAAUGGUACGAACUCUACAAACAUUUCUAUAUCCUCAGUAUCUCAUUGUGGGGAAGGUUGUAUUUGGAGAUCAGAUUUGAUUGUAAGUUUUGGUGUAUGGUGCAUUCACCGAAUUCUGGAUCUCUCACUUAUGGAAAGUCGGCCAGAACUAUGGGGAAAAUAUACUUAUGUACUAAAUCGUCUCCAGGGUAUUAUUGAUCCUGCAUUUUCAAAGCCUCGUAUACCAAUGCCGCCAUGCUUCUGCCUUCAAAUUCCUCAAGCAUUUCAGCAGAGGUCAAGCCCACAAAUUGCAAACGGAAUGUUGCCUCCUGCUGCAAAACCUGGCAAGGGAAAAUGCACCACUGCCGCAAUGCUUCUGGAUAUGGUCAAGGAUGUGGAGAUUGCGAUCUCUUGCCGAAAGGGCCGAACUGGUACAGCUGUAGGCGACGUAGCGUUCCCAAAGGGGAAGGAGAACUUGGCAUCUGUCCUCAAACGCUACAAGCGGCGGUUAUCCAAUAAGCCUGUUGCCACUCAUGAAGUAUCAUCUAUAUCGCGCAAGCUUCCAGCAACAUCCGUUCCUUAUAGCUCAUAGCAUUUACUCAAACAUGGCGAUCAGAUCACCCAGCUGUUUAAUUUUGGAAAGCAGCUCAUGGUUUGGAACGAGAUGCCACCAUCUUGGUCUCACUCACUCUAUCUCGAAACAUGUAUCAAUGCCUUUUGCUGCAAAUUUUCUUCCCAUAUGUUAAAGUAUGGAUAGGAUGUGACUGAAUGGACCUUUAGUUGCUGCAAAACUCGAGGAAACUAGUGCAAACUCACUCACAUGGAAAGUUGAUUGUUGUUGUGAUGGUUGCACCAGUUACUUGUAUCAAAAGUAACUGCUGGAGAGAUGACCUGAAAAGUUGAAAAAUGUUAGUAUAUAGCAGACAGAGCUAAUGUGCUGUAUAUAUCGUCUGUGCAAAACUUUAUGAUCAUUUCAAAAAUGCCUUUCCACAAAGGUAUUCCAGUCUGCCUGCCUUCUAGCUGAUGGGGCUACUUCCUUUUGUUUCCCGUGUCGUCAUCGUCGUCAACAAGUCGAAAGACAACUAGAUCCUCUCGAGUUUAUGAGUGUGCUUGUUUUGUCAAUUCAGAUCAUCUGAAUUGGUUCAUAUCUAGAUGUUUUAGUCAGUUUCUGGGUUUUCUUCUCUUUUUAGCCCCCCAUUUUCCUUCUUUUGAACGUUUCUAGGCAGCUACUGCAAUGUUCUGAGGUUCAAAAUCUGUUGGUUUAUCAUAAUGUCGAUGGAAUAAUGCUUGAAUGACAAUUCUCAAAACUGCCCACUUGGGGGUUUGGUUCCUCUGUUGAGGAGACAUUGGUAUUAAUAAUGGAACAUCUCUCAGUCCAUUUGCUGUGGAAA